AUGCCAACUCUCGCUGAGCGGAUUCAGCCCGCUCUCAAUAUACGGGAGAACUCUCUUGAAGCCACCGCAAGACUCAAACGCCCUCUCUCGGAGCUCCCAGCAAAUGUGAUGGGAAUACCCCGAUCGUGUGGGCUUUUGACCGAGACAGAGCUAGAAUUGACCGAAAAAUACGAUGCCACUGCUCUGGUCACGAUGCUCGCGAAUGGCAAAGUCAGCGCGGAAGCUCUUCUCACAGCCUUCAGGAAACGAGCUACUAUCGCUCAUGAAUGUACAAACUGCCUUACAGAGCUCAUUCCUGAAGCCAUUGAAUCUGCGAAGGCCUGCGACAGGUUCUUAGCUCGAACCGGAAAGCCAAUCGGACCACUUCACGGCCUGCCGAUAUCAGUCAAAGAGCAAAUUUCCAUUGCAGGGCAUUACACCAAUGUUGGAUUUGUGUCAAUGGUAUCCAAUCACAGUACCGAGGAUGCCAGCAUAGUCAAAUCGCUAAAAAGUCUGGGCGCUGUUGUCUUCGCUAGGACUAAUCAACCCCAGUCUCUGAUGCAAUUGGAGACGUCUAACAACGUCUACGGGGCUACGGUCAAUCCUCGGAACCGAGGAUUGACGGCCGGAGGUAGUACCGGUGGAGAGGGAGCCUUGAUGGCUAUGCAUGGGACUCCGCUCGGGAUUGGAGGUGAUAUUGGAGGCUCCAUACGGGUCCCGGCUGCCCUGAAUGGCACCUAUGGAUUUUACCCCAGCAUUGGUCGGAUCAGCGGGGAAGGGGCACUCGUUCCAUCCCCGGGUUGUGAUUCCAUUCCCGGAACACUAGGGCCAUUUGCACGUUCACUGCGAGACAUUGAGCUCUUUUGCAAGAGUUACUCAUUGACGAAGCCAUGGAUGGACGAUGCGUCCCUCAUUCCAGGUGAUAUCCUUUCUCCACGUCACAAACCUGCCAACGCUCUCAGAGUUGGGAUUUUGGUGGAUGAUGGCGUCGUUUCUCCUUUCCCGCCUGUACAAACUGUCAUGAGAGAACUCCAAGAACGACUUGGGAAACAUCACUCAAUUCAUGUGGUUCCAUUCAAGCCUUUGGAUCACGAGGAAGCGUGGCGUAUCAUCUCAGCCAACUAUUUCGAAGAUGGCGGAGCAGAUAUUCGCAAUAUCUGUCAAGCUGGUAACGAGCCACUCUUGCCGAUGACGGAGUGGAUUAUUCGCCAAUGCCAAGAAAACGCGAGUCGCGUUGCUCCAACCAUGCAAGGACGAAAGAUGGCAAGAGACCAAUUCCGCCAAAAGUACAAUGCCCAUUGGAACGAGGCUGGCAUUGAUGUUCUCUUGGCACCUGUCACUCCAAGCACCGCUCCACCACUCGGCGCAACGCCAUACUGGGCCUAUACUGCAGUUUGGAAUCUACUCCAGUACCCUGCUAUUGCGGUACCCGGGGCCAGCUAUAUCGGUGACUGGGAUCGACGGUCUUUGUCUGGGAUGAACUACCGACCGAAGACAGAGCUUGAAAAGCUGAUGUUGGAAGACUAUCUUCCCGAGGUAUCACAAGGUAUGCCAGUUGGCGUGCAGGUCAUUGCAAAGCGAAUGCACGAGGAUAUUUUGCUUCAUGCAGCGUAUACCAUCGAGAAUGCACUCCGCAUCACCAAGCAUGAUAGUAUGCUGUGA